UUAAUAAAUUAAUAAAAAUUUUAAUCAACAUUCAAUUACAACUUGCCGAUAUCAACACACACAUACUAAGUUCCUGCCAACCUAUCCAAAACCAAAAAAAUAAAAAUAAUAAAAAGAACUGUCUAGUAGAAAAUAAAGGAGUUCCUUGUUCCAAAACAGAUUCAAAAUUAUGGGAGGUUGUCGCUGUUCGUUUCGUGAUUGCACUGUUGCAACAUCUCAACAUCCCGGCAUGCAUUUUUUCCACUUCCCCGUAAAUGACCGGGAACGCUACAUUCGAUGGUUGCGCUUAGCAAAUGUAAUCCAUAUGCUCGAAAUGCCUCCGGGCUUCCAAAAUAAUAAAGUAAUUUGCGCCAGACAUUUUCGACCUGAGUGUUUUAAAAAUUACAGGAGGAAUGGGAUACUUCCCAAAAAUGUGGAGCCCACAUUAAUGCCCAUUAACGAAGAAAUGGUUUUAGAUUACGCUAAUGAACAAGAAAACGGUGGGCCUGAGUUGAUUAAAAUGCCGACCCCUACAAUGAAGCAUUUAAUUCCACCGCCGGGAUACACUCUCCCUUUUUCCCUUCAUGACAACUUAAAACCGGGUAAGUACAUAAGGCAGAAUAAGAUAAUUGUGGCGAAUGCAGCUACGCAAUCGAAAAACUUAAAGAGGGGCAAUGAAACGCAACUAGACACUGAAGACCCAAGCAACUCAAAAAAAGCUAAAAUUUUAAAUUGUGAGACUAUCGGUGUAUCUUCUAAUAGCAGUGAAUCGAUGCCUGCCGAUACUAUUAUUAAGCUUAAUUUCGAUUUCGACUCAGGCGAAAUUAGUUUAAAAGAAGAGGUAGAUGUGGCAUCAGAUGAUUACGAGUUCAUAGAUGAAGGUACAAUUGAAAUAACAAAUAACAGUCUCGUUGUCAUGUACUCAAUAGGUUACCACAAAAAUAGUAGCAAUUGUCAGCGUUGGAGCUUUCAAAUUGCCCUCUGCAUACCUAAACGUGACAAUUGA